AAAAUCUCAGAUGGGACACCCUGUACGUGAUAAUUUUUGUCCAGUAAAAGUCAAAAUAGCAAUAUAAAAGAAAUCAAUUUUUUUCAUAGUUGUUUAUGAAAAUUUACAGAUUUUAAUUGUGAAGAAAAUAUAAAAAAACAGUAACCGAUAACAACUUAGAUGAGACACCCUGUAGUUUUUUGUACAGAGUUGUCAAUAAAUGCAUUGGUACUAAUCAAUUGUCAUUUUGAGCGCCAAAUUCGGACCACCCUCUAGAUAAGAAAAGAGAAAGGACUAAGUAACUAAAUUACAACAAACUAAAGAUAAGCCGCUUCAAAUGCUAUAAAUGUCCGAUCAUAUUUCAAUCAUUCAGUUUCCUAUCACCUCGUGCCACAACAACGCAAAAUGCCACCAAAUCAAAGCACAAUCACCAACACGCCAUCCCUUCGCAUUGCCAUCAUAGGGCAGAGCCCUUUCGCCGUCGAUGUCAUGCAACGGUUGCGUCAACACGGUCAUGUGAUCGUCGGGGUGUUCACCAUCCUUGAUAAGGGCCCAAGGGAGGAUCCUUUAGCUAAAGUCGCCCGUGAGUACGACAUCCCCCUAUUCAAGGUCAAGGCGUGGCGCAAAUCCGGCACGCCCCUUCCCGAAGUGCUCGCCAAUUACCGGAGUGUCAACGCCGAUUUGAACGUCCUCCCCUAUUGCUCGCAAUUCAUCCCGAUGGAAGUGAUAAAUUAUCCCCGCCUCAAGACGAUUUGUUACCACCCAUCGCUCCUCCCACGUCACCGUGGGGCCAGUUCCAUCAAUUGGACGCUGAUUUGCGGCGAUAAAAAGGCGGGGUUUAGCGUUUUUUGGGCGGACGAUGGGUUGGACACUGGACCAAUCCUGUUGCAGGAAGAGUGUGACGUUUACGAAAACGAUACUGUCGAUUCGUUGUAUAACAGGUUUCUGUAUCCGGCUGGGGUCACUGCCCUGGCUCGGGCCGUUGACCUUGUCGCUGAUGGUACCGCCCCCAGACAACCACAAAGUGACAAAGGCGCCACCUAUGAUCCCAUGUUGACCAAACCCGAAUUACUCAAAGUCGAUUGGGGGAAAACCGGGAGGGAGUUACACGAUUUUAUCCGAGGGAUGGAUUCGGUUCCGGGGGCUUUGUGUCGGGUCAAACUCAACGACGAGUACCAUGAAAUUGCCCUUUUUGGGUCGAGUCUUUGGAAGCAGGGGAAACCCACAGGGAGUGAAAUUGAGGUUGAAGGAGGUCCAAAUGGGCUCAUCCAUGACGAUGGGUUGAUUUUGACUGGAUCUGACGGUACUUUAGUCAAUGUCAAAAGAGUCAAAAUUGAGGGAAGAGUCAAACUCGCCUCAAAAUUACUCCAAACUGGUCAACAAGUCACAAUUGAGUUGACCCAAGACGAGAAACUACAAAUUGAGGCAAUGAGGAGUAUCUGGGAGGCAAUCCUCAAUGUGGAAAUUGAGGAUGAAACCGACUUUUUUGCCUCAGGAGCCGGCUCCAUGGACGUCGUCCGUCUAGUCGAAGAAAUCAAAGAUUUACUCAAAAUUGAGGAUUUCCAAAACGAAGAUGUCUUCCUCAGCGCGGUUUUCACCGAAUUCUCCUUGAACGCCAUUUUGAAAAAACGAGGCGGGGAAACCCCCCAAGAAAUCAACUAUAGAGCUGUUGAAAUUGAGACAAACGGUCGCAAAAUCAAAUUCCCUUGCCAACUUUUCAUCAAUGGAGAAUUUAUCGAUGCUGAAAAUGGUAAAACUCUACCAACAAUCAACCCAACAACUGAGGAAACAAUCUGUGAGGUCCAAUGUGGGUCGCCCCAAGACGUGGAUAGGGCCGUCCAAGCGGCCAAAAAGGCCUUCGAGGAGGGCGAAUGGAGCAAAAUCAGUGCACGUGACCGCGGACAACUCCUUUUCAAGUUGGCAGACUUGAUGCACCAACAUCGCGAAGAGUUGGCCACGAUCGAGUCGAUUGAUUCAGGGGCGGUUUACACUCUAGCCCUGAAGACGCACAUAGGGAUGAGUAUCGAAACGUGGCGGUACUUCGCCGGAUGGGCGGAUAAAAUCCAGGGAUCAACAAUCCCAGUUUCGCACGCCCGGCCCAAUAAAAACCUUUCUUUUACGAAAAAAGAGCCGAUUGGGGUUUGCGGGUUAAUCACACCCUGGAACUACCCACUUAUGAUGCUUUCGUGGAAAAUGGCGGCUUGUCUCGCGGCCGGUAAUACAGUAAUCAUUAAACCGGCCCAAGUGUGUCCCUUAACGGCCCUCAAAUUCGCUGAAUUGUCGGUCAAAGCGGGGAUUCCCCCGGGGGUAAUCAAUGUGGUUCCCGGGACGGGGUCAAUGACCGGUCAAGCAAUCGCCUCGCAUCCUGAAAUCCGCAAAUUGGGCUUCACGGGAAGUACCGAAAUCGGUCAAGUCAUAAUGAAAACUUGUGCUGAAUCAAACUUGAAGAAAGUGUCACUGGAACUUGGGGGGAAGUCCCCACUUGUCAUUUUCGCCGACUGCGAUUUAGACAAAGCUGUCCGAUUGGGGAUGCAAAGUGUUUUUUUCAACAAGGGGGAGAAUUGUAUAGCCGCCGGGCGACUCUUCGUCGAGGAGAGCAUCCACGACGAGUUCAUCCGACGAGUGGUCUCUGAGACGAAAAAAAUUACAAUCGGGGAUCCCCUCAACAAAUCAACAUCUCAUGGCCCCCAAAACCACCUCGCCCACUUGACCAAACUCCUUGAAUAUGUCAAAAUGGGGGUCAAAGAGGGGGCUAAGUUGGAAUAUGGGGGCGAACGCUUAAACCGAAAGGGGUAUUUCCUCCAACCGACGAUUUUCAGUCACGUGGAAGACAACAUGUUCAUAGCUAAAGAAGAGUCAUUUGGCCCCAUCAUGGUUAUCAGUAAAUUUAGCAAUGGGGACAUUGAUGGCGUCUUGAAACGUGCCAAUGCGACGGAAUAUGGCCUCGCGUCGGGGGUUUUCACUCGUGAUUUAUCCAAAGCGAUGAAAUUUGCUGAAAAAGUCGAAGCCGGAACUGUUUUUGUCAACACUUAUAAUAAAACAGACGUCGCGGCGCCAUUUGGAGGCUUCAAACAGUCAGGAUUUGGCAAGGAUUUAGGACAAGACGCUCUCAACGAAUAUUUGAAAACGAAAUGUGUCACAAUUGAGUAUUAAAUAGGCUUAAGGACGUAUUUAUUGUAAUUUUUAUUUAAUUAAUAAAAGUUUGUAUAGGU